AUGUCGGCCACUCCAAAGGAAAAGACUCAGGCCUCAGCUAAGGUUGAAAGUCCCACCCAUACAACAAAUCAGUCAAAGAAACUCUUUGAUGAUCGCUCUCCCGCGCAACCCGCUGCCACCAGAAAGCGCAAGAGGGAAGGACGGUAUUCCGAGGAGAAGUCCCAGAAGAUGCGUUUCUUGGUAGAGUCCACAGCCUUCAAGUCGAAUGAAUCUGAGGACUCUUUCAAGAGCUCGCACAGGUCCUUGAACAACCAAACAGAGAACAAUGGAGAUGAGGAUGUGGCCGAAUCUACCCCGUCGCGUGGCAUUUCAAAUUCUAAGUCCUGCGAGUCCAUUGAAUCUCAAGCCCAUAUGACCCCGCUCAAGCCAUUGAAGUUGAAGAUCAAAAAUGGAGCGAAGGACACAAAGAAAAUCAAGAUGUUUGGAGCCGCAGAGUCCCCAGUUCCAGAGUUUGUUUACCCCAGGGAGCUGUUCGAACCCUCCGACAACGAGAAGGAAGUCUCGCCCGAGCGUCUCUUCGAUAACCGCGCUGACAACGCUUACAACGGCUUGACUGCGGGUUCUCCUUUAUUUGUGCCGCAGUUCUCUCCUCGGCUCUGGAGCCGAUGCGACACUGCUAUGGCGCGCCGGGCGUACAAUGAGCUAGAUGACAUCACCGUGCGCCUUGGUGAAGUCAUGCGCGGCAUCAGAGUAUUGAUUGGGAACGAUGACUCUGAUGGUCUUGACGACAGUUGCUCUUGUAGUUCAACGGAGAUUCCCUACGGUAUUCAUGAUCCGUUCGAAGAGUUUGACGAAAGCACCCGUUUGGAACUGGUGGAUGAAGACCACCCAAUUGCCGUGAGCGCCGAUGAGGAUGAAAUCGCUGAUGGAUCCGGCAAAUUCCAUGAGGAUGAAUAG